AUAUCUAUAUGGUUAAAGAUGGUAUACCAUUAGAUCGCGAGUUAGAAAAGCUGUCUGUGAAACUUGGAAAAAAAUGGAAGGAAUUGGGAAGCUGUCUGGAAUUCGACGACGCUGCAAUAACUAACUUGGAUGAAGACAAUAAGGAGUUGGCAAGGAAGGCUUAUCGUAUGUUAUUGGCUUGGAAACAAAGAGAAGGCUUCCAAGCCACUUACACAGUUUUGUACAAUGCCUUGUGUGACAAAUUGGUGGAAUUUAAACUUCUAGCAGAAACAUUUUGUUGUACUGAAAUUGAAGGCAAUGCCUCUCCUUAGUCUUAUAUUAUAAAAAGUGAGUCGUUUCUCUACAGGGGCGUAGCUAAUUGUACGCACGGUACGCACGUGCGUACUUAAAAAAGUCGAAAGUAAAAAAAUAAAACACGAAAGUGAAAAAUGUAUGUUUUUUUUUUUAAUGUAUAUUUUCUAAAUAUAAUCAGAUUGUCUUUAAGGUGCUGCAGUCAAUGAAUCGAAGAAGACGACAAAAAAUUUUACAACUUAGUCAUCAUUUCAUAUACAGUAAAAACGUUAAGCUCACAAUGUAACUUCGCCUUUAUUCAAGUCACCUGAUAAGGAUUUGGGACUUGGGGGUUGGAGGUGGGAGGGAUUCGAAUAAUUAUGGAUACCUCUUAAAACUCCUGGUUACGCCCCUGCUCUAGUACGUCAUAUGUCUUUGUGAGUACUCCAAAGAGCGUUUGUAUCGAGCAUUCGCGCUCAGUAAGUCGUUCAUUUUGUCUUGCGCUCGAAGAUAAGGAGAAAAUUAGCUUUAGAGUAAAGAUAUUUACACGUAUUUUUGCAAUCAAGAAACACUAGCCAAAGAACAUUGAGGUCGGAAUUCAUUCGAAUGUCCAGCACAUGUUAUGCACAUUACCACCCUGAAGCAUCUAAUUUAAUUCCUCACAGUUUAAAAUUAGAAUGCAUUUUCUCCUUACUGUUCUCUGUGCAUUUCCUAAGGAAUGGACAUAAAUAAUUAUUUUAAAAGUCAAGAGUUUCUUAAGUUGGUGAUCAGUUACUUUAUGCUCAUGCUCUUAAUUUCUGUCUCAGGACCCUGUAAGGAGAAAUUACAUGCUAGACACUGUUUGAGUUGAAUUAAUCGUUUGUGGUGAGCUUGAAGUAACAGCGUAAUUAUGCAUAGAGUGAGAUUC